AUGGCUCCAGUAGACGGCGUUAUUUACGCGCAUUCGGGUUCGGAUAGACGCUCUAGAAAACGACUCGGCGCUGGCGACAAGACACUAUGGAUGACAAAACCAAGACAGAGCAGCAUGAGUCACAUGUGUACCAUACACCGCAUACGAUUGGCAGUGGGCGACUUUGUACGACAGCUCAGUGUCGAGUUGUUUUUCAUGAUGAUUGUGCUCUUUCAUGGCGUCUUUGUGACGUUCCAAUUGACAAUGGCAAAUGACACACAAUCAUCGUACAAGUUGGCUAUUGACGUGACAGAGAUCACGGUAGGGACGAUUUUACUAUUGGAAAUCUCACUGAAAGUCUUUGCCUAUGGACUGCACUAUUUAAAAGAUGGGUGGGCAUUGUUUGAUGCGCUGGUCAUUGUCAUCAGCUUUGUACUGGGCGUUCUAGCUGCCAUGGGAACAACGUCGUCCAUCGUGGUUAAGAUUCUGAGACUGAGAGUGAUGCUACGCGUACUACGAAUUCUGGUGGUGGUUGAAAGAGUAAAGCAAAGGUCCAAUUCCAUGAACCUCAUGCAUAUCAACAAGGGUGCAAUUACGUCACCUAUGGAGCACGUACUUCGAGUUUUGAACGAGUUGCGUUUUCAUCCAGCAAUUCGUCCAUCGCUCAGAGAUGGACUGGAAUUUGCUAUCGAUGCUAUAAAGAAUAAUAGGCUGCAUGAUGCGACUACUUUGCUGGCAGUGGAAGGACUUGAUAUUGACACGCAGAAUUGGCUACGUGGUGAAAUUUUGAUACGAAACCACUUGAACAAAGUACCGCCUGAUACUGAAAAAGACGACGAUUUCGGAAGUCCAACCCGCAAACAUCGACGCUCGUCGAUGGGAAGCUCUUUGCUCCGACGUGGAUGA